GCUUCCUGUACAAAUAAAUGCGGCUUUCCCACAGCCGCUGCAUGCGGGCUGUGAGGCGCGGGUGAGAUAUAAUGGCAGCACGCACUUAACAGCAGGGAGGGGAUGGUUUCUCGCAGUGGCACAGGGGCUGGCAGACGAGCCCUGCUGCAGCCCGUACAAGCGUUCGGCUGUCAGAGAGCCAGGGACGAGGAAGGGCGUGUGAGAGCGAUCGGCUGCGCUCCUCGCUGCGAGCUGCGCGGCUCGGUGGCAUCGUGGUUCCUUGGGAAUGCCCGAGUCUGAGUGCAGCCGCUGAAAAGUCACACAGCUGGCACUGAGCGCUGCUCUCCUUUCAAGCCUGAGUUGCACUAUUAAUGACUGAAUGGACUCUGCUGAGAAGGCUUGUCCUGACACCAUGACAGCUGAUGAGUCAGAAGCUGGAGAGUUAGCUCUGGAGCCUCUCCUGACGUGCAAGCUAUGUCUCUGUGAAUAUUCCCGGGAUAAGAUGACCACUCUUCAGGAAUGCAACUGCGUCUUUUGUACAGCGUGUCUAAAACAGUAUGUGGAGCUGGCAAUUCAAGAAGGUUGUGGUUCCCCUAUCACAUGUCCAGACAUGAUAUGCUUGAACCAUGGGACCCUACAAGAAGCAGAGAUUGCCUGUUUGGUUCCUGUUGACCAGUUUGAGUUAUACAAGAGGUUGAAGUUUGAACGAGAAGUGCAUUUGGACCCCCAGAGAACAUGGUGCCCCACAGCCGAUUGCCAAACCGUGUGCCACAUUGCACCGAGCGAGUCGGGAGCACCAGUGCCAGUGGAGUGCCCCGCCUGCCGCCUGACCUUCUGCUCCUCCUGCAAGGAGCCAUGGCACGGGCAGCACCUGUGCCAGGAAAACCAAAUGACCCCAGUACCCACUGAGCAGGGAUUCCUUAUUGGAGCAGAGACAGAGGCACCAAUUAAGCAGUGCCCAGUUUGUCGAAUUUAUAUUGAGCGAAAUGAGGGCUGUGCUCAGAUGAUGUGCAAGAACUGCAAGCACACAUUUUGCUGGUAUUGUCUACAGAACUUGGAUAAUGAUAUUUUCUUACGGCAUUACGACAGAGGCCCUUGCAGAAACAAGCUGGGCCACUCACGGGCUUCAGUGAUGUGGAACAGAACACAGGUUGUGGGGAUCCUCGUUGGACUAGGUAUCAUAGCGUUGGUGACCUCCCCCUUGCUGCUUGUGGCAUCUCCAUGCAUCAUCUGUUGCAUUUGCAAAUCUUGCCGGAGCAAAAAGAAAAAACCCAGCCUGCCGACAACCUAAAACUCUGUGUCUUUUUGAGUCUCCAUCUGUACAGCAUACGUAUGUGAGGAAGCACAAUGGUUGUGUUUUGGUGCCAUACCUACCAAAUAAUGCUCCCUUUUUUUGCCAGUUCUUGGGAUAAGUGCCUAUUCUUUACAGGCUACUCUAUCACUAACAAGUCCAGAUUAUUGUGCAGUACAUCCAGUGUAGGUUUUUGCUUCCUGAAGAGGAAAACAGGACACCAUUCAGUCCUUCAUACCCUAUUCAAGACUGAUAGAACACUCCCAUUUUCCAUCAGCUGCACAUGACUUGAUCCUGCUGCAUUACUCUUCUUUGCAGAUUCAGUCAUUACUGUCGUGCUUGCUGUUGGUUCUUGGUGACACUCAGAUUUCUCAGAAAGUUUUGGGUCUUUUGUGAAAGAGGGAGAGGGAAAAGCCUGAUUAGGUUCUUCUGUCUGAUAGCUUGUGUACAGUUAAAUGUAACAAACCAUUAAGAAAAUACGUUUGGUAGUUUCCUGUCAAUUGGCUGCCAUGGCAUUUCUUUCAGCAUUGAAAUCAAUUUGAUUUUUGCCAUUGAUCUCAACUACAGAAGUAAAAAACCAACAAAACUGUUUCUAAGAUAGGGCUCUCUUUUGAGAGACUGGACCUUGAGAAAGCUGCUAUUUUUUUCACAUUAACAUGACAUAUCUACUAUGAAAUAUUAGGAAUAUGCAUAUUUCCCUGCCAUUGGGCAUACCUUUUGUCAGUACCAUGGGUGUAGAAAACUCACAGUGAAGGUAAUAUCGUAAGAAAGACUGUGAUACAAUUCCCACUUUGUGCAGAGCGUUGGGUCUGUGCAGAGUGGCAGCAUGGGCACAGAUAUACUAAGUACAUAUGGGCAGUCAGUAUAUUUUUUUCAACAGUUUACAUGGGGUGGCAGCAAGAACCCUGAUAAAAAGUUAUUGAAACCAGGCUAAGCCAAGCCCUCCUUCAAAACCUUAUGGACCUGCUGAAGUGAAUACUUGAGAAAUGCUGUGUAAAUGUGACCUCCGUCCAUUGGUGGGUAUUUCUCUUGUCCUGCUCAAGGUUAACAAACUCUGUUAGUGAUAUUUUUUAGUUACUCUAAAUCUGGAAGGCUGUCCGUUAAUAAGUGCUUCACUUUAAUGUGGUGCAUCACUGCCAAACCAGUUCAAGCCCUGGUAUCAGUUACACCUGUGUAAGUUCACUGAAAGCUCACUGAAGAGCUGGAAUUACUGCAGCUCUUCAGUCAGGAGUAGCUGAGAUCAGACUCUGCUCCCUGGAGUUUAUUUCCUUAAUGGAUGGUGCUCCUCACAACUGGGGCUGGUGGCGCUUUUGUUCUGGACUCCUGUCUGUGCAUUCUAUAUCUGUGGGAGCAGAUUCAAGUUUGCGCUGUACAAUUGGUUGUAAUUCCAAACCCCUUUCCGCAGGGGCUGCAGGGUUUGAAGGAGAUGCCGGGCCCGAGCGCGGUGUCGGGCUGGCGCUGGGCCCGGCUGCCCCUGUCGGAGCUCAGCCGGGAGUGCUGCGAGUGCUGCCUGUGUGUGUGUGCUGCUUGGCCGAGCCUCAGGAACUUUGCCUUCUUGGCAGCUGUAAAUGUGACCUUUUUUCUGUUUAACUUUGCUCUCUGGUUACUGUAACAAAAGUGGCAGGUUUUCUUCUUUUGAGAAAGUGUAGUCUGUUGAGCAGACUAGCAAGGACAGAGGCCUUAAAUGAUACUGUCUGUUUUACUUUUUAAUUGAUUUCUUUUAUAAAUACUGUCUGACUUUGCUACCAGUCGUGGCUGGAGGGCAGGCAGUGCUCGCCAGUGUGAAAGGCUGUAUUUAUUCUUCAUGCUCAGCUUUGAAGGGAAGCAGAACGGUAGACAGUUCAUUCUAAAUACAGAGUGCAAUGCAGGCAACUGCCAUUUAUAAUAAAUAAAGAAUGUUUUCUGUAUGUGUUUUCUUGAAGAGCACUAAUGGUAGUGCUUUGGGGUACUUGUGACAGAUUAAAGUGUCCAGCCCUUGGCUUUGCACUAUUUUUCUACCUACAUUUUUAUGGCACUACUGUCAUUUCCAUUUUAUUUAUGAACUUGAAGUUGCAAGUCUUACUUUAACAGAGCCUCAAGGACAAAGACGUAGGAGCUGUACAGUCUCUUUAACCAUAACCAGCAUUGCAAUGUACCAAUAUCCUUUGCAUGUUGAAAUUUGAGCAUUUUUCAUGUUUUGUCAUCUUACCCAUGACCAAUGCAUCCUUUGCUAGUCUGGUUUCUUUCCUUUUCCUCUCCCUCCUUCUGUUGGCCUGGUUUUGCUAAAAUGCCUAUUGGAAUAAGGGUGGCAGAUCUUUUUUUCAUUAGCACUGUUGUGUUAAUGAAACUGUCAGGUUCUGCCUCUGCUAAAGAAAGGCCGCUGAAGGCAGUUUAAGUGCCUGGUGGGCACACCAAAACUCGUAUGAAUUAACCAUGCAGGAGUUAACACAGCCUGGCAGUCUGAGUGCCAGUCCAGGCAUCUAAGAAAUCUAGAUGUGGAUUGGUAGCCCAAGCUUUUGCUGGAGGUCUUUACACAAAAACUGGAUAAGGAGAACACAAGCUACAGGCACCCCUUCCUUUGGCUGUGUAGGUGCAACAAAUGGACCAAGAAAAGCUCUGGAUAUCUUAAGAGCUUAAAAUUAAAGUUUUACAAGAUUGAUUUUUUAAAAAAGGCUGUGUCCAGUGCUCCAUGUAUCCUGGCUUUUCAUUGCAUGGGAAUACUUGAGCAUGUGCAUUAAGUAGACCCUGGCCUGGCUGAGUCAAGCAUUACCUAUGCUGAAGUGCUGGGAGCAGGAAAGCCCUGAUGCUUUGUUUUCCAGAAGGCAGCUAUUUUGCACCAACUGGCUAUGCUCACAGAGUUUCCAGAGAAACAUUUUAGCAGCAAUCUUUUUACAGUGUUGGCUUUUGUUUUGUGUUGCUUUGUUUUUUUUUUUU